CCCACUCGAUUGUUGGACGACGCGGGUUUCCGCUCUCCCCUUAAAAAACUACUUGGACCUUGAGGUCUCUUUGGUGUUUGGCGUUUGUUUCUCAAUGUACUCUCCGAAUUUCGCGUACCUCUUAACAAAGCCAAACAACACGUCGAGUGCAGGAGAGAGAGGGAGGCCGGGGUUCAAGCAGGGAGUGGAGUCAGGGAGUUACGACUUAGGAGACGUCGUCGAGUCGACGACGAUUUAAGACUUUUCAGUUUUCCCCCAACAACUCUCCCCGAGUUUCUUCUUUCCGUGAAGAAAAGCAAGCACCUCCUCUUCUUCUGCUUUAACAAAUCUAAAUCCAAAUCCAUAAUAAAUAAAUAAAUAAAUAAAUAAAUAAAUAAAAGCUGCCCUAGAACUCUAUUAGUCUUUUUUUUUUAGUUUUUUCUUCAAUCUAUUCUGCAAACUUCGAAAGGAAAUGGUGGAUUUCGGUGACAAAUUAGCUUGUUUUCAAGCAAUCACGGGCGUUGAAGAUCCCGAUUUGUGCACAGAGAUCCUCGCUGCCCAUGGCUGGGAUCUCGAACUCGCCGUCUCUGCCUUCACAGCUUCCAAUCCCGCUCCCUCCCUGUCCAACCCAAACGACAACGACAACCACAGUAAUAACAACCAUCAGAACAACGUCGGCAGCAGCCACCAAUCGAGUUUCGAUGACUGGGAAGGCGUCCAAGAAUCUGGGUUCACUCGUCAUGAAUCCCAACCGCUUUCAGAAUCUCCCGCUGCGGGGUCUCCUCCCGGUUUCGCCUGGAAGAUCAUCACUCUGCCCUUCUCUGUCAUCUCGGGUAGUUUAGGUUUGAUCUCCGGUGCCGUUGGCCUCGGUGUCUGGAUUGCGGGCGGCGUCCUGUCUCACUCCCUUGGUUUGCUCGGAUGGAAUUCCGGCCGUGAAGGAGGCGCUUCCUCUCCUAUGGUUUCUCUCUCAGCCGCCGCCUCGGAGGCUCUGAAUUUUGUUGCCGCGUUCGAGAGAGAUUAUGGAACUAAUCAUCCGAAUUUUGUCUCUGAAGGAUUCAUGGAUGCCUUGCAGCGGUCUCGACAGGCAUUCAAGCUGUUAUUUGUGUACUUGCACUCGCCGGAUCACCCUGAUACGCCGUCGUUUUGCGAGCAAAGUUUGUGCUCGGAGGUUGUGACAUCGUUUCUUAACGAAAAUUUUGUGUCAUGGGGAGGCAAUAUUCGGGCCAGUGAAGGCUUUAAGAUGAGUAACAGCUUAAAGGCUUCCAGGUUCCCGUUUUGUGCAGUGGUUAUGUCUGCUUCGAAUCAGAGGAUUGCAUUACUGCAGCAGAUUGAGGGAAUGAUUUCUCCUGAAGAAAUGCUUACAAUCCUUCAGAGAGUAGCUGAAGAGAGUGCUCCUGUUCUUGUCACAGCCAGGCUUGAUGCAGAAGAGAGGAGGAAUAACAUGCGCUUGAGAGAGGAGCAAGAUGCAGCAUACAGGGCAGCACUUGAAGCUGAUCAAGCAAGGGAGCGCCAAAGAAAAGAAGAGCAAGAGCGGUUAGAGAGGGAAGCUGCUGAAGGUGAGAGGAAACGCAAGGAGGAGGAAGAGGCACAAGAGAGAGCAGCACGUGAGGCAGCUGAGAGAGAAGCUGUGCUUGCUAGAAGGCGCCAGGAGAAAGCUAUGUCACUUGGUGUUGAACCCGAAAAGGGACCUAAUGUCACACAAGUUCUUGUACGAUUUCCAAAUGGAGAACGCAAGGAAAGGAGAUUCCACAACAUAGCUACAAUCCAGUCUGUCUACGACUAUGUCGAUUCUUUGGAUUGUCUGAACUCAGAGAAGUACAGCCUUGUCUCCAACUUUCCUCGUGUUGUCUAUAGCCCAGAGAAUCGCUCAUUGUCAUUGAAAGAUGCAGGAUUGCAUCCGCAGGCUAGCCUUUUUGUAGAAGUGGUGGAUUCAUGAGUGGAAAGCUACUUGUGAUUGUUGAUAUCCGAAAUGAGAAAGCAAAAAAUUCCAUUGGAUAGUCAUAGUCUAUUUAUUUCCUUCUUCUUUUUUAUGUCAGAAUAGCGGUUUUCCUUCAAACUGGUGGAAUCAAAAUUCAAACAAAUGAUGCUUGGUUGUCAAAAGUAUCUUGAAGUUGCAUUCCAUUUUUGUUAGUGACUAAUUUCUGUAAUUAUGUUGAUUAUGAAUCAAGGAUAAGAAAAUUCUCCCAUGUUUCUAGA